AAUCACAAGCCGCAGCUCUCUUCGAUUGACCAAUCAGAGAGCAGAGACAAUGGAACGUCAGCGAGGUCAGGUCAACAGAAAGUGUCAUGUCAGCCUCCAGUGCGGCGUUUCGUCCGGGAACAGCGAUGCUCGGCCUGUCCAUUAGAGAGGUAUCCCAGGCACUGAGGGAUGGAAGGGUGUCUGCCACUGAGCUCUGCAGAAAAUGCAUCAACCAAAUACAAAGGACACGUUACCUGAAUGCUUUUAUCACCAUUACAGAGGAGGUGGCCAUGGAACAAGCACAGAGAGCAGACAACAGGCUCCGCACAGGUAAACCUCUUGGCCCUCUGGAUGGCAUUCCCUUCUCUGUUAAAGACAACUUCUGCACGGAGAACAUUGAGACCACCUGUGCUUCAAACAUGCUUAAAGGUUACAUUCCUCCGUUCAAUGCUACAGUUGUGCAGAAGCUGCUGGAUCAAGGAGCAGUUCUUGUUGGAAAAACUAAUUUAGAUGAGUUUGCAAUGGGAGCUGGCAGUACAGAUGGGGUGUUUGGUCCAGUUCGUAACCCAUGGAGUUAUGCAACACAAUACCGUGAGCAGAGCAGAAAAGAUCCAGAUUCUGACUGGGCAAUCACAGGAGGAAGUUCAGGAGGUAGUGCAGCGGCAGUAGCUUCCCUCAGCAGCUUCCUAGCCUUGGGAUCUGAUACAGGAGGCUCUACACGAAACCCUGGUUCUCUCUGUGGGGUCGUGGCUCUGAAACCCACUUAUGGCCUACUCUCUCGUCACGGACUCAUCCCUCUGGUCAACUCAAUGGACGUGCCAGGAAUCAUGACCAUGAGUGUCCAUGAUGCCGCCACUGUCUUGAGAAUUCUGCAGGGCCGAGAUGAGAGAGACUCAACGACUGUCCAGGCACCCAGCACCCCACCUAGCUUUCCUGAACACUUUGACAUUAGAGACAUAUGUGUUGGCAUACCGAAGGAAUAUCAUGCUCCGGGCCUGUCUAAGGACACUCUGGCCCAGUGGAGUCGAGUCGCAGCCAUGUUUGAGCAGGCGGGGGCACGAGUACAAGAAGUAUCUCUUCCACACACACAGCACUCCAUUGUCUGUUACCACGUCCUAUGUUGUUGUGAGGUUGCAUCAAACAUGGCACGUUUCGAUGGGCUUGAAUACGGCCAUCGCAGUGCAGUUGACAGCUCCACAGAUGCCAUGUACGCCACCACACGACAUGAAGGCUUUAACAAUGUGGUCCGCAGAAGAAUCCUCUCGGGGAACUACUUCCUACUGAAAUCGAACUAUGAACAUUACUUUGUAAAGGCUCAGCAAAUACGCCGUCUUAUCGCUGAAGAUUUUAAAAACGUGUUCCGCUCUGGCAUAGACGUUCUCCUAACACCCACAACGCUGAGCGAUGCAGCCCGCUACUCUGACUUCAUACUAGAAGACAACCGAACACGCAGUGCUCAGGAGGAUGUCUUUACCCAGCCUGUCAACAUGGCAGGUUUGCCUGCUGUGACAGUGCCAACAGCCCUCUCACACCGAGGUCUUCCCAUUGGCCUGCAGCUGAUUGGUCAGACACUACAGGACUGGAAGUUGUUGACAGUAGCCAACUGGAUGGAGCAACAACUCAACUUUCCAAUGAUCCGUUUUCAUGAAAACUCAAGUGAGAGGGAGCUGGACCGAUCAGUUAGCGAAAGGACACAUACAGUAGGAUUAUAACAAAACACAAAGACUGAACAGGUAAAGUUCAGAGGAAAUGAAACCUUUGACAGUUAAAUUCAGUAUCAGGAUGCAUGAAGUGAGAGCAUAAGUGAGUGCAAAUGCUGUAACCGCACACUGGAUGUCUCUAUGUUGGACUGUGGGCUGCAUCAUUUAUUCUCCUUUGUUUCAAGUGACAUUUAUUCAGCAGUGGCAAAGAAAAAAGAAAUUGCAAAUGUAUCAAGAGCCUAUUUUGUAACUAUUUUAUUUGUCAAACAUUAUGGAGUCAAUAAAGUAUAAACGGUAUUUGGGAAAAA